GCUGCGCGCUAUGCUCUACGCGAGAUCGAAAUUCCACUCGGCGAGCUGUUCGCGCGCAAGUCCGUGGCAUCCUCGGCCUGCUCGACGCCACCACCCGGGCCUGGCCCUGGUCCUUGUUCUGGGCCCGCCUCCGCAUCGCCGGCGUCGCCAUCGCCUGCCGAUGUCGCCUACGAAGAGGGCUUGGCACGCCUCAAGAUCCGCGCGCUGGAGAAGCUGGAGGUGGACCGGAGGCUGGAGCGGUUAAGCGAGGAGGUGGAGCAGAAGAUCGCGGGCCAGGUGGGUCGGCUACAGGCCGAGCUGGAGCGCAAGGCUGCCGAGUUGGAGACUGCGCGACAGGAGAGUGCAAGGCUGGGACGCGAGAAAGAGGAGCUGGAGGAGCGCGCAUCUGAGCUUUCACGCCAGGUGGAUGUGAGCGUGGAGCUGCUGGCCUCGCUUAAGCAGGACCUGGUGCAUAAGGAACAGGAGUUGAGCCGCAAGCAACAGGAGGUGGUGCAGAUCGACCAGUUCCUGAAGGAGACAGCGGCUCGGGAGGCCAGUGCCAAGCUGCGGCUGCAACAGUUCAUUGAGGAGCUCCUGGAGCGUGCAGACAGGGCUGAGCGACAGUUGCAGGUCAUCAGUAGCAGUUGUGGCAGCACACCCAGUGCCAGCCUGGGCCGAGGAGGUGGGGGCAGUGCCUCAGGGCCUGGGGUGAGAGGCCCAGGCAGAAUGCGAGAACACCAUGCAGGCCCAGCUGUGCCAAGCACAUACGCUGUUUCACGGCAUGGCUCCUCUCCCAGCACAGGGGCCUCCAGCCGUGUGCCAGCUGCAUCCCAGAGCUCAGGCUGCUAUGACAGUGACAGUCUGGAGCUGCCCCGGCCAGAGGAAGGGCCCUCGGAGGACAGUGGCCCUGGGGGCUUGGGGUCACGGGCCCAGGCUACCAACGGUGGUUCAGAGCGGUCCCAGCCCCCUCGUAGUUCAGGCCUGAGACGACAGGCCAUCCAGAACUGGCAGCGCCGACCGCGCCGUCACAGCACCGAGGGGGAGGAGGGUGACGUCUCAGAUGUGGGCUCCCGAACUACUGAGUCUGAGGCUGAGGGCCCCUCAGAUGUCCCACGCCCUGGACCUGCUGUGGCUGGACCCUUGAACAGCUGCCGGCUCUCAGCCCGCCCUGAGGGAAGCAGUGGGCGAGGCCGUCGAAUGGAGAGAGGUAGCCCCUCACGCUCCAAUGAGGUCAUCAGCCCAGAAAUCCUCAAGAUGCGUGCUGCGCUCUUCUGUAUCUUUACCUACCUGGAUACCCGUACACUGCUGCAUGCUGCAGAGGUCUGUCGGGACUGGCGCUUCGUGGCCCGCCAUCCUGCUGUCUGGACAAGAGUGCUGCUUGAAAACGCCCGAGUCUGUUCCAAGUUCCUGGCGAUGUUGGCUCAAUGGUGCACCCAGGCCCACUCAUUAACGUUACAGAACCUGAAGCCCCGACAGCGGGGAAAGAAAGAAAGCAAGGAGGAAUAUGCCCGGAGCACCCGGGGCUGUCUUGAAGCAGGGCUGGAGUCCCUGCUGAAGGCAGCUGGUGGGAACCUACUGAUCCUACGUAUCUCCCACUGUCCCAAUAUCCUCACUGACCGGUCACUCUGGCUGGCCAGCUGCUACUGCCGUGCCCUGCAGGCUGUCACCUACAGGAGUGCCACAGACCCUGUUGGUCAUGAGGUAAUCUGGGCCCUGGGUGCAGGCUGCAGAGAGAUUGUCUCCCUCCAGGUGGCACCACUUCAUCCCUGCCAGCAGCCCACCCGGUUCAGCAACCGCUGCCUGCAGAUGAUUGGACGCUGUUGGCCCCACCUCCGGGCCCUGGGUGUAGGUGGUGCUGGCUGUGGAGUACAGGGCCUGGCAUCACUUGCAAGAAACUGCAUGCGGCUACAGGUCCUAGAACUGGACCACGUGUCAGAGAUUACCCAGGAGGUGGCAGCUGAGGUCUGCCGGGAAGGCCUGAAGGGACUGGAGAUGCUGGUGCUCACGGCCACCCCUGUCACCCCUAAGGCCCUGCUACAUUUUAACAGCAUCUGCCGGAACCUCAGAUCCAUUGUGGUGCAGAUUGGGAUUGCUGAUUACUUCAAAGAGCCCAGCAGCCCUGAGGCCCAGAAGCUGUUUGAGGAUAUGGUAACAAAACUCCAGGCCCUGCGGCGGAGGCCUGGCUUCUCGAAGAUUCUGCACGUCAAAGUUGAAGGUGGCUGCUAA